CUUGCAACAUGUACCUUCCUGUGAUAAUUUCGUUACCUAUUUUGAUCUGCUUAUGGAUAUAUUUCUUAAUAAUAUUAAGAAAUAUUUUUUUGCCUCCUACAUCUAUUCAUCUAAAUUUUAUUGAAUCACCGGGUAAUAUCAGUAGUGUAGUUAAACAUUUGGCAGAAAAUGUUCCUGUUAUCAAAAAUGAUAGUGGUGUUAAAAAGCGUAAGAAAAUCCAUGUGCCGAAAUUUAUGUUGGAGUUAUAUGAAAAGAAUAAAAUCGGCAGGACAGAUGAUGAAAAAAGUCCUGAUGUUGUAAGGAGUCUAAUACCAACACAUGCAGAGCCCUUUCAAGGAAAUGAAGUUUUUGAAGAUCCCGAAGAAAAUCAUCUUUUGAUUUUUAAUAUUCCCGCAGCCGAUGAAGACGAAAAAUUUGUCAGUGCUGAAUUGAAAAUUCUUACCCUGCUCAGUUUAGAUGCAAGGAGUGAAGUAGGUGUUAGAAGAAUUCUUAAGUUAUCUAUCUAUGAUGACAGUGUCAAACAUCUUCUGGACUUCCAAGAAAUACAAAUUCAUCAUUUUAACAAUUCUUGGAUAUCCUUCGACGUAACAGCGCCAGUUAAUGAUAUAUUAAGUAAAAAUCCAAAAAGCAAAUACCUCAAAAUUGUGGUUACUGUCUCUACUUUUGUACCACAGGUAAAGGAUCAUCUAAAACUGUCAUUGAUGCCAGUAGAAGAAGACUUUGAACACGAUUAUCCUAUUUUGCUGUUAUCUUAUUCUUCAUCGAAAAAUGGCGAAAAAGAUGUUAAAGAAGAAAAAGCCAAGAAAAUAACAUUACAAAAAAGUAGACAGAAACGCAGCGUCGAAGAUGAUUAUGAAGAAGAAACAAAUAAAAUUUGGGAUGAUGAUAUUUUUCCUAAAAAGGCCGUUCAAAUGAAAAAAUUGAAAAGAUUAAGAAAUGCGUGUAAAAAGAAACCGCUGUAUGUUGACUUCAAAGAAAUAAACUACGAUUCUUGGAUUGUUCAGCCAAGUGGUUAUGAGGCUUAUCAGUGCCAAGGAAGAUGCUUUUAUCCAGUUGCUGAACAUCUAAAUCCAACAAAACAUGCAAUCGUUCAAGCAUUACUACAUAGUGUGGCACCUACAAAAGUAACCAGAUCCUGUUGCGUUCCUACAGUGCUAGGAUCUAUAUCAAUUUUAUAUGUAGACACUAACGGUGUGUUAACCUAUCGCUAUGCUUAUAAUGAUAUGGUGGUGGCAGAAUGUGGUUGCAGGUAGUUUCUAUUAGAUUAUAAAAUGUUGUAAUAUAAGUGUUGUACAC